GCAUUCAAAAGAUCGUUCACUUUUGAACUAUACAUCAGAAGUAGACAUUGUUGUCACAUUUUCGUCACCUAGAAGGAGUCAAUUUAGUGAUACUACUUUCGGGUAUUUACUGGAUUAAAUAAGUUUGAAGUAAUAAAAUUAUAUUUGUCAGUGCUUAAAUUGUGAUAAUCCACCGAGAAAGUGUCAAUACUUCAGUUUUUUAAAGAUAAUUCACAAUAUGCUCAAGAAUCUAAACUUGGUUCUUCCAAUUGGAUAAUCUACUAGAACCUGUUGCCGCUAUAGAACUCCAAGACUCAAGAUGAAGAAUAUCCAGUUCCAUCUUCGAUUUAUAAAACAUGGUCUAGAUAUUUUUUAGUGUUUGGCUGAUGUAGUCAAUAUCAAAAAAGUGAUGUAGUUAGCUUAAUAUCUAUGUUAAAAUAAUACUAUUGGUGCCAUAGAAUUGUGUUACUUUAAUUAUCAAUCAUUUUUUAAAUAUUCAUUCAUUGUCAUUUCACAAUGAAGUAUAGUUUUAAUAUCUAUAAUCUAAUACAAGCUCUUCUGCAAUAGUGUGAACUCUAUGAAGUUAAAUAAAAUUUCAACUUUACAUAGACCUAUACAAUUGAGUUGUAUCAAAAAGAGUGAAGAAUUUGAAAUCGCACUUGAAAUAGUUGAAGCCUAGAGCCCAUGUGGGCAUCACCCUUAGAAUAAAAUGAUAAAGUCUUCAAUCUAGCAAGUUAUUACGACGAGAGUUGAAUGUGUUGUUACUCCUCCAAUCCUAAGAUGGCAAAAACUUGAGUGUAUUCAGAGUGUUUUUCACACGUAUCUCCGAUACUUGUGUGUGAAAUUUCAAUUGCAUGCCGGUACCUUUAUUCACUGAUAUAAAUACAAAAAUACCUGGUAAAAAACAACAAUUUAAGUAUGUACACUUUGAUUGUCUAUAGUGUAGUUUCAAUAAUCCUGUAGGAUCUGUGAAAUACUGGGUGAACCCCAAACUUCAAUAAAACAAUAACUAAUUAGGCUACACUAGUUAGAUUUCAAUGGUUUCUGUGAAAUUAUGGAUGCAGCAAGCCCACAUGAAUUGUUUGUAAAAAGAUUGAUUGAUUUUUGUGUAAAAUGAUGGAGACAGUGGAAGUGACCGAGCACCGCUCCAACCCGGAACUACUUCCGGUGCAAAUCGUGUCCUCGGAGGGCGGCAGGGUGGAGGUGAUUUCCAAGAUGGCGCCGAACCCCGGACAUAUGACGCCGGAUAUGAUGACCGCUACCCAAUACAUCAACCUGCACCGACUACCGGAACACAUGAACAAGGUGAUAGUAACCGAUCCGAUAUCGGGCGAUCUGAUCGCUCAUCACGUGGACCUGACCUCGGCGAGCGGAGGCGAGUUCGCACCUCACGCACACUACUACGACACCGAAGAACUCCUGGCGCACGGUCUGACCGCCGAGGAAGAACGCCGGAUCGCCGCCGAAAUUGUCGCCGUGCAACUGAAGCAGGGCGGUGGAACGCUGGUGACCGCUCAAGACCUCCUGAACGCCAAAACGCUGACCUCUCUGAGUACGGUCAGCAUGGACGGUCAGAAAGCGGUCUACAUACAGACGGUGGAGGAUGUUGACAUGCACAACUUGCAACAGCAGGAGAACGCCGAACGCGGCGCUAUCAUGAAGAUCUAUCCUCAGCAACAACAGGAGAUGCAGGUGCUAACUAGGACUCAAUCACAGCAACCUUUGCCUCCGUUGAAGAAAGUAUUGUCCAGUCAGUCAAUGAUGAUUCGCAACAAAUACAACGAAACUCCUGGCAUUAUGGUCGAAUUACACAACUCGCAACUGUUGGACAACAAUAGCUGCAUCAAAGCGGAACACCACUUAGAAGACGCGGCGGCCACACAGCAGGUUGUGAUGACAACCACCAGCACACCAACACCAACCACCACAACGCUAGCCCCGCCCCCUCAUCCUCCGCCAUUACUAGCCCCACCUCCUCAUCCGCCCCCUCUAACCACUGCCCACACCUCAGCGUCAUUGGCCCCGCCCCCUCUAGCCUCGAACCAUCAUCCUCCGUCACUUGCCACCACCCACAACUCGGCGCCAUUAGCCCCGUCUCCCCACCCUCCGUCACUGGCCCCGCCCACCGACGAAUCAGAGGAGGAGGAGGACGACGGUGAGAGUGCGCGCGCAGCAUCCAGGAAGUCUCUGCCGCACAAGAAGCGUUUUCCGCGCAAACUGAAGGCCACGCCCACCAGCGGCGCGAGAGUGGGUGCGCAGAAGACCUACAAGUGCAGCAAAUGCGGAGAGAGCUUUAGUACGCAACAUUUGUUGACUGCGCACAGGUAAAUCACAACACUAUAGAG